AAAAACUUUGAUGCCCACAGUAGGGACUUAUUUUGACAUUUCUUGCUUGUUACGACAGGGCACGGCAUAAAGAUCACAUACCUACCGUGGCUUCAGGGCAUAACAUAUUUAAAGUGUGAAACAUAAACAAUUUCCAGGUACCACCUAAACCGAAACAUGAAUCCCGUAAUUCCGGUAUGUCGGUUGUGCCUGAGAGAUGACCCGGAUCAUCCAUUCAAAAACGAUGACUGUGCUAACAACACAGAAAAUUCCUCGGAACUGCCUUUGACGGAACUUGUAUUGAAAUAUCUUCCAGUCCAGAUCAUGACAUCAGAAAGCUCAGAGCCUCCGAUCAUAUGUGAUUGUUGUUCGGCUCAGAUAAAACAGUGGCACAGGUUCUGUACAACUUGCAUCGAUAAUGAUAAAAUCUACCACGAACGAUUAUCUGAACAGCUGGUACAUGAUGGAACUGUACUACACCAUGAAGAAGUAAUGUUACUGAAAGAGGAAAUGUUGGACAUUUUUGGUGAUUUUCCUGAGACAGUAGAUAGUCAAAAUACAGAAACCAAACCAUUGGCCAUAGAUGAAACUGUAGAAGUUUCAAAUAACGAUGAAAAUGCGGUGGUUUCAGAAAUGCAAGUGGAAGUCGAAAUGGAGGAAGAAGUCGAAAUGCAAGCGGAAGUCGAAGAUGAAGAGUGGAAACCAAAAAAGGCGAACAAAAAGGUGAAACCUUCAUCGGAGAAGCCCAAAGUUUCACGACCGAAAUCGGACGAUGGUCUGAAUUUGUUCCUGAGGAGGCCUUGUGGGCCAAAAAGUCAACGUCGUAAGAAUCCUGGUCCCAAGGAAGCUGAGAUGUGUCCCAUCUGCGGGAAAUUCGUCAUGAUAUUGAAGCUGCACAUGCGACAGCACCUCGAUGAUCGAAGGUUCCAAUGUCCGCACUGUCCGAAGGCAUUUGUCGCAAGAGGUAGCUAUCUCGAACACGUAAACAUCCACACGCGAGAAAAGCUGUACAAGUGCGAUCAAUGCGACAAAGAGUUUGCUCAACGGAACGGAUGGAAGGCGCAUAAGGCAACCCACGCCAAGGAGUUUAAGUUUCCCUGCCCGGUGUGCGAGAAGGUCUACUACCAACGGUCAACCCUCACCACCCACAAACGGAUACACUUCAAACUACCGACGAUCAAGUGUCCCGAAUGUGACCAUAUGUCAUUUUCUAAGGGUGAACUGAAGUUACACUUUAGGAAACACCUGCCGGAUAGGCCGUUCGUCUGUGAACUCUGUGGACGAGCCUUCAAUCGGAAGGAUACUCUAACAACCCAUAUGAAAAUACAUCGGAAACGAAAUACGGAUUCAGACUCCGGUAAAGAUGUUAAGCAGCCUUCUAAAGUUAAAACGACGGAAUGAUCGAUUGACGUGUAUUUUUAUAGGUCCUCCAAAGCAUUGAGCUCAUUCGUUUAAUUAAAAACUUAACGUAUCCGCUAUUCUUGGUGAAUAGUUUUCGGGAUUGCAUUGAAAUAAAUAUAAUAACAUUUUA